AUGCGAUCGGAGCCUCGGGCUUCCCCAAGACACUUCGAUCUAAAGUCUCCUCUCUAUCCCCUGGAUUCAACCCAGGACGCCAAAGUCGGUUACUUCCCACAGGAGUCGCGAGCGACAUCUUUCGCUUCGCAUGGUUCCGGUGGAAGCAGCAGCGGAUGGAUCCCACGUGCUUUGUUCACGAUAAAUCCUGUAUCGGCUUAUCACCCAGAAUCUAUGAAUCCAGGACUUCCGCGUAGGGGGGCGUCAUCGCCAGCCCCACUAUCGCCAAUGCCCUCCUCGUCACCACCCGAGUAUAGCCAGACUUGGAUCAACACCGCGACCCCGGCCAGUCAGGUCAUCGUACCAGCUCCGGUAAAACAGAGUCCACAUCAGCCUCCUAUCGAUGUCACUCCCAAGCGCCACCUCACAGACAAGGGCAAGGGCUCCGAGAUCCUGCACAUUGAUACCUCGCCCACUUCGUGCUACGUAGCGACCAAGCACAGCAAUAAUGUCAAAAUCUGGUCUAUCCCCAAGAACGCACUCCAUGGAACCAUCAAGAUCACAUCCUAUGUUCAGCCGCGCGUGCAGUCCCGCGAGUACUUCAUCCGCAGCCACGCGAUCCUCUCCAAGAACGCCACGCUGAUUGGAACUACCUCCCACUUCGGACUUGCACUCGAGAUCUACAACUUUGCCAAGGGCAGCAAUGGCGUCAAAAAGGUCCAGGUUAUCGAGGAAGUGCACCGGUGGGCAGCCAGCCCACGCGAUGCGUUCCACAACGACUAUGCAGGUCUGGCCGUCUACCGUCCCAAAAUUGAGCGUAUCGACCGAUACUUCCUCGCCCGGCAUCUUGGAGCCAAAACUCCCUUCCGCGAGGACCCCAAUCACUCUAUCGAGCUAUUGAAAGCCGACCUGCCGUUCCUACCCAAGUUCCCCGAACUUGCCUACAGCUCCGACUCGCCCAUCCUCGUGGCAACAGCGGCCCCAACACCAGGCGACCCUCCGCGCCUCAACUCAACAAUUCUCAUCGCUUGGCACGUAGCGCCGGUCACCAAACUUCACUCGCAGACCCCCAAACAGUCCAACACGUCCCUUCCGGACAAACAACGCCACGAACCCUACCGCGUACGCGUACGCGACUAUCCGGCUCUCCAAACCGCCCUUCCAGCCUGUCUCGCCGCACACGGCAGCACCGCCGUCUCGCUCCAGGCGACCUCCCCGAACCUCACCCCGUCCGCCCCGGACCGUCUCGUCCUCGUCUGGGACCUGCUGACCAACACCACACAGAUCUUCUCUAUCCCACCAAACGCGCAAACAUGCAUCUCGCCAGACUGCCGCCGCCUCGCCUACUGCAACGCGGCGUCCAACACCUUCGUCAUCGUCGACGUCGCGUCCGCGACCGAGGUCUGGCGGUGGCCCGACGCGGCCCGGAGAACCGGGUUUGCGCCGUUUGGGCAGUUUGAGAAUCUGAAGGGGGUGACAGUGUUUGAUCUCAAGCGAUGGGAGGAUGCUGGUGGUCGGGGCUCGAGCGGUGGAGUCGGCGUGUAUCAGGUUGGGGAGGGCGGGAUGAGGUAUGAACUUAGGAUGGGGGAUGAGGUGGUUGGGUUGAUGUUGUGGAUGCUGCGAUCGGGAGGGUGA